UUUUCAGCUACAAACGCGAAAAGUUGAAUGCGGUGUUGUGCGGUUCCUUCACUGACAAUAAUAAUUUCGUUUUAGACAGUGCUUUGGAAAAAAGUAGUCAAUUUUUGCACGAAUAGAGUGUUUCAUAUGUGUUAAAAAAAUAGAGUUUUUCGUCGAUUGUGUUUCAUUGAAUAGCACAAAUUUCUCAAUACAUAGCAUACGCGUUUCUGUUAGAAUAAAACCUAUAGAGUUAAAUAAUUUAAAAGAAAAAAACUAUAGCAUAUAGCAUCAGGCCACCUUUCCCCGGUCAGUUGAACACCUUCAUCGUGAACUGAUAAGCAAAUAGAAAAGACAUUGCUCUUACUGCCAUAAAUAGUCAUAACAUAGUUCAAAGUGGUUACGUAGAACGACCAUUAGUGCCAUCCACUGGACACGAGUGAGUCGGCUGAACGCCUCAGGUUCUGGAAAAAACGCCCAUUAAUAUCUAAAGUGACAACGAUUUCCUCUUAAUUGUUUCCAAUUGCUGUGCGGUUUGACAAAUUAUUAAAGCUCGCAUCUUAGUAGUUUAGUGACGACGCCGUACGAAGACGGUCGCACAGCGCAAUGGCGGCUGAUGAUAAAACCAGUGAUACUAUGAAAUCGCUCGGGUGGAAAUUUCUCAACAAGGAGACUUUCGGCAAUGGUGAACGGGCCAACUAUGUAAACAGUCCGCAUGUCAUCGCGAUGGUAGGGUUGCCAGCGAGAGGCAAAACGUAUAUUUCCAAGAAACUGUCCCGCUACCUGAACUGGAUCGGAAUCAAUACGAAGGUGUUCAACCUGGGCGAAUACCGGAGGCACGCGACCGAUGCCUACCGAAGUCACGAGUUCUUCCGACCGGACAACGAAGCCGCAAUGGCUAUCCGUCAGCACUGCGCCGAAAUGGCCUUGGAAGAUGUUGGCCAGUGGCUGGAGAAUGGAGGCGAAGUUGCGGUCUUCGAUGCUACAAAUUCUACCCGCGAACGACGCCACAUGAUCAAGGAAAUUAUUGUGCACAAAAUGGGCUACAAGCUUUUCUUCGUGGAAUCCGUUUGUGACGACCCUCAAAUCAUCGAGCAGAAUAUAAUGGAAGUGAAGGUAAGCAGCCCGGAUUAUCGAAACAUGAACAUGGAGGAAGCGCUGUCCGAUUUUCGGCUGCGGAUCGAACAUUAUCAGGAACGCUACGAGCCGCUUGACGAAGAAAUCGAAAAGGAACUGUCGUACAUGAAAAUCUACAACACCGGCGAGAAAGUAGUCGUUCACAAACACGAAGGACACAUCCAGUCCCGAAUUGUUUACUACCUGAUGAAUAUUCACAUCACUCCAAGGACAAUUUAUCUGACGCGGCACGGUGAAAGUGAACAUAACCUCAAGGGUUUGAUUGGAGGUGACUCCAAUCUGAGCGAGCGAGGACGGAAGUAUGCUCAGUCUCUGUCCAAGUACAUCUCAGAACAACACAUCGAAGGACUCCGAGUAUGGACCUCGUGGUUGAAGCGCACCAUUCAAACCGUAAGCGACGUCAACGCCCCACAGGAACGUUGGAAGGCACUCAACGAAAUCGAUGCUGGAAUCUGUGAAGAAAUGACUUACGAGGAUAUUCAAAAAAAUCAUCCGGAAGAAUUCAAAGCACGCGACCAGAAUAAAUUUGCUUAUCGUUAUCCACGCGGCGAAAGUUAUGAAGAUCUGGUCGUUCGUCUGGAGCCGGUCAUGAUGGAACUGGAACGGCAGGGCAACGUGCUGGUCGUGUCCCAUCAGGCCGUACUGCGUUGUGUAUUGGCAUAUUUUCUUGACAAAACGGCAGAUGAACUUCCUUACCUGAAAGUACCCCUGCAUACCAUCAUCAAGCUGACCCCGGUAGCUUACGGCUGCAAAGUGGAACACAUCCAGUUACCGAUUGACGCGGUGGACACACAUCGGGCUAAGCCAGAGAUAUCAGACGAUUCAUUCGGUAGCGACAUUAGUUUCGGCGGCGAUCAGUCUCCCCUUUCAUCACGUAACGGUACUUGUUCACGAUAAAAGUUAGAAACAGAAACGAAUUCAUAGAAAUUGGCAGAACCUGCUUGUGACUGUUGAAGGAAAAUUGUAACAAGACAUAUUCGGGGAUUUUUUGGAAAUUGUUUUUAUGUAAAAAAAAUCAGAUCAAAAUGUGCUAAUAAUUAUGUAUUUAUGUGCUUUGAGCUAGGUUAUGUAGAACAUGACUAGUUGUUAAUGUAGGACAGAAGGUAUGAAUUGGAUGGAAAGUUGAUUCAAGUUUUAAAAAAAGUUUUCAUAUAUUUUUAUAUUUUGUCAAUAAAUUAUUUUUUCACAGUUCAAUCUGUUCUAAUCCUGUAAAUUGUAAAUAAACCGAAACAAUUGAUCACAAGCUUACUUGUGCUAACACUAAAAAAAACUGUGCGCUA